AUGGGUGAGCAAGAAGCUGAAGAUGAAUAUAAAGCAGUGACAUCGGUCUUGUCAUCCUUCUACAAUUUCCACACUUUUGAAACAAAUCAAUUAGUGACUCCAAGAAUUCACAAAUUUGCAGCAUUAUCAACCGAAGAUCAGCAACUUAUUCCAUGGUACCAACAACACACUCAGUACUUGGAGCAAUGUAUUGAGUUCAAUCGCAGCUUCUGUCAAACAUUAUCUGAGAAAAUUAGUCAAGAUUGGGGGAUUGGUGACUUGCCAGCUGACUGGACUAAUGCUUCAGAGGAACAAUUUAAUCAAACUAAAACUGUCUUGUUGCAAUUGAUGAGAGAAUGGAGUGACCAAGGUGAACAAGAGAGACAAGUUGGCCACGAGUUGAUAAUCUCCCAGCUAAGUGACCUAUAUCCUGAUAAGUCACAGAGACAUAGUGUAAAGAUUUUGAUCCCAGGUUGUGGAGUUGGACGAUUGGUUUGUGAAUUGGUUAUGCAAGGGUUCUGGUCACAGGGUAAUAGUUCUGAUUAUCAUGCGUUAUUCGUCUCCAACUUUAUUCUUAAUCAUUGUCAAUUCCCUCACAAUUAUUCCAUUUUUCCCUUUUUGGCAACCUCGGCGUCAAAUUCAACUAGGCGACAAAAUCAAAUACGACCUGUCACUAUACCUGAUGUAUCACCAACCGCAGAAAUCAUGAGUGCUGUGGAAAAGGAGAAACAGAAGGAAACCACUUCUGAAUUGGGUCACACGAGGAUACCUUUUGAUGAAUUAAUGUCAAUCACAGCCGGGCUAUUUACCGACCUUUAUGGUUCUGGAUCAAGUGGUGCCAAUUCAGCAUCACAGGAGAUACGUUCACAAUCACAAGGUGAAUUUGAUGUUGUGGUGACGGAGUUUUCCUUGAAUUUUUUAUCCACCGGUAUCAUAGACUACAUACGAACAAUCAAUAAUGUGUUGAGAGAUGGUGGGAAAUGGAUCAAUUUUGGUCCUUUACUGUUGGAAAAUGGCAGCAGUGGUGGAUUAGAUCUAUCCCGAGACGAUUUGUUUGACUUGAUUACAAAAUUGGGAUUUGAAUUCACCGCCAAACAAUCAGAUAUCGAGACCACUUAUUGUGGAGAUAUCAAACUGUUAAACUCUACUAUUUACAAAUGUGAUUUCUGGGUAUGUAGAAAGACAAAUAAUUUAGAAAAUGUCCUCUAUUAA